ACCAGUCAAACUUCAUCACUGUACUCUCUUUCGACUCUGUUAUCUUCUUCUGUUGGAAGAAGAAGAAGAAGAAGAAGAAGAAGCUAUGGCAGUGGGGUUUUUAGUAGAAAGCCAAGGAGAUGGCCAAUACAGCGGCAAAAUCACUCUAUUUGUCAUCCUCUCUUGUAUGAUGGCCGCCAUGGGAGGUGUUAUUUUUGGCUACGACAUUGGAAUUUCAGGUGGGGUGACUUCAAUGGAACCAUUCUUAAAGAAAUUCUUCCCAGAUGUGUAUACUAGGAUGAAAAAAGACUCCAACAUAAGCAACUACUGCAAAUUCGACAGUCAACUCUUGACUUCUUUCACAUCCUCACUCUACUUAGCUGGUCUUAUAGCCUCCUUCUUUGCCUCCUCAGUCACCAAAGCCUUUGGCCGCAAGCCUUCCAUCCUAAUUGGUGGCGCCGCCUUUCUCGCCGGUUCGGCCUUAGGCGGCGCCGCUGUGAACAUCUACAUGCUGAUUCUAGGCCGCAUCUUGCUUGGAGUUGGUGUUGGUUUCGCUAACCAAUCAGUUCCUCUUUAUCUAUCCGAAAUGGCACCACCAAAAUAUAGAGGAGCUUUCAAUAAUGGCUUCCAAUUCAGUAUCGGGAUUGGCGCUCUAUCGGCCAGUCUAAUCAACUAUGGGACUGAAAAGAUCAAAGGCGGCUGGGGAUGGCGUAUCUCUCUAGCCAUGGCGGCCGUCCCAGCCACAAUCCUUACCCUCGGCGCCGUGUUCCUCCCUGACACCCCCAACAGCCUAAUCCAGCGAAGCAUCGAUCCACACAAAGCCGAGCUCAUGCUGCGGCGUGUGCGAGGCACGGACGACGUUGAAGCCGAAAUGAACGAUCUCGUGAAAGCUAGCAUCAUAGCGAGAAACACCAAACACCCUUUUCGAAAAAUCGUGGAGAGAAAGUACAGACCUCAACUGGUCAUGUCGAUAGCCUUACCGUUUUUCCAACAGGUGACCGGAAUCAACGUCAUUGCGUUCUACGCCCCAGUUCUCUUCCGCACCAUCGGAUUGGGCGAAAGCGCUUCGUUGUUGUCUGCGGUUAUGACCGGUGCUGUUGGCACCUGCUCGACCUUCAUCUCCAUGCUUAUAGUCGACAAGUUUGGGCGGAGAGCUCUGUUCAUGGCGGGAGGAAUUCAAAUGUUUGUGGCCCAGAUCAUGGUCGGAGCUGUCAUAGCGGCGGAGCUCGGUGACCACGGAGGAGUAGAAGGCAAAGGGUUUGCGUAUAUGGUGCUGGUAUUGAUAGGGGUGUACGUGGCUGGAUUUGGUUGGUCGUGGGGGCCUCUGGGGUGGUUGGUUCCGAGUGAGAUAUUCCCAUUGGAGAUUAGAUCAGCGGGUCAGAGCAUUACAGUGGUGGUGAACUUUCUGUUCACUUUCAUCGUGGCUCAGACAUUUCUGGCCAUGCUUUGCCAUUUCAGGGCUGGGAUCUUCUUCUUCUUCGGGGCUUGGGUGGCGGUGAUGACUGGUUUUGUCCACUGGUUUUUGCCUGAGACCAAGAACGUACCAAUUGAGAAGAUGGAUGAAGUUUGGAAGAGCCACUGGUUUUGGAAGAGUUUUGUAGGCCCUCGGAGUGAGGAUUCUAAGAUAUGAAACUAUCUCAAAUAGUUACUAUUAUUCUUAUAGAAAGAAAAAAAUAGUUGCUAUUAUUAUGUGCCCUGAAAAUUUGCACCAAAACAGUCACUGAUUAUAAUGUUUUGGAGCAUACUGUGUGCACUUAUCACUACUCUUGUGUAAUUUUAGCCUUUAAAUCAAAAUUUUUAAGUAAAGCCACUUCAGAAUUAUUCAGAA